AUGUUCUACUGCCGGUGGGACUUUUGCCCGCACACGUUCGCCUCGACGGCGGCGCUGGCGGAGCACGUCCGCGAGCACAUCGCGCGCGAGCAGCCAGUCUAUGUGCCCCCCUCGGCGCGCCACCUCGGCCCCGACGGCGUGUGGACCGUCGACGACAGCUGGUCCCUCUCCAUGAGCGUCGACUCGACAGGCCCUUCCCUCUCCAUGCCCUCCACUUCCGCACCCGGCCCGUCCGGAUCCGCGGUAGCCGACGUAGGCGACCUGUCUUCCUCGGGCGUCUCGGGGCUGUCCUCUGACGUUGCUUCUGGUCUUGCCCCCGCGCUCGCGCCCGGACUGCAGGUCGGAGGAGGAUUGGGCGCGGGAUUGGGACAGGCCAACCUCGGCGCCGCGCUCACUGGAUCCGGAUACGGACUGGGUGCGGCUUUCUUCGCCCCCAUUUCGUCGCUUGGCGGGUUCGACGACAUGCCCCCUCCCCCGCCGCCCGAGGCGAAUGACACCAUGUUCGCAGACUUCCUGCGCUCGCCCUCGCCCCGACGCGCUGCUCAGCAUCAGGCCCUUGCGCCGCAGCAGAUGCAGAGCCUCAGCCAGGCUAGCCUCCACUUCUCCCAGCAGAUGCAGAGCACGCCUGCCGACGCUGCUGCUAGCCAGAGCUCGGCGGCUGCUGUGAGCCCUCCGACUGAUGGUCCGCCGCAGACACAAUGGGGAUGA